AUACGAGCCAAGCUAUUUUUCCAACAAACACACGUCGUGGCUGCAGGAACGCACGACUACUUAAAGGCGAACGCAAGCUGGUGUUGGAACAUGAAGGAUGCCACAGUGUUGUUCGUUGCUGUGCUGGCUGUGCUGGUGGGUGGGCUCGGUGGGACAGACCCAUACGGCCAAGGCUGCAUUGAAAACCAAUGUUUCGCCGUGUUCAGCCAACCCGGUGACUUUACAAGCGCUCAGAAACAUUGUAAAGACCGGAAUGCGGUUUUAGCAACCGUGCGCUCGUCGACUGCAAAUGUUCUGAUGACAUCGAUCAUUUCGGGAAACAUAUCGGGUCAAUUCUGGAUCGGUUUGCAUCGUUCAACCAACUGCCCGAACCAAAAUUCUCAUCUUAGAGGCUACGAGUGGGUGAUUAAAGACGGCGAAAGUGAUUAUGAAAACUGGGUCCCCACUUUUGAUGGCGGUUGCUCCUCUCCCCGCUGCGUCACCGUCUCGGAGCGGGACGGGUUCCGGUGGGCGCAGGAGAGCUGUGACGCGCGGGUCAGCGGCUUCCUGUGCGAGUACAACUUGGAAAGCGGGUGCGCUCGUUUAGAGGGCGAGGGAGACGCCGUGGAGUACAAAACCCACGUUGGAUUCAGUGGAAAUGAUCUUCUCCUCCUGCCUUCAGGUGCCAUUGCCACGAUUACGCCGAGUGGAGUCAAGUACAUCUGCUCUACUGGAAUUUGGCAGCAGGGUCCGUGGAGCUGCGAGAUCCACGAUGGAGGCUGCGAGCACGAUUGCGCCGUGGAUGCCCGACACCAGCCUUUUUGCUCCUGUCCGCUCGGCUUCUCCGUCAACCCCGUCAAUAAUCUAACAUGCGAAGUGGACCUGGAUGAUCCGUGCGGGCGUUAUGGCUGCGCGUUCGCCUGCUUAGUGGGGAGCGACGGCGCGCCCUCCUGCGUGUGCGACCACGGCUUCAAACUGGCACCAGACGGCAAGUCUUGCGUGGACUUCAACGACUGUUCGGACGAGCGUCAAUGUCCCGGGGAGAAUUUCCGGUGCGUCAAUACAGUGGGAGGCUUUAAAUGCGAAUGCGAUGCCGGAUUCAAGAUGAUGGGGGGCUCGUGCGUGGAUCUGGAUGAAUGCGCCUCCGCCCCGUGUGAGCAUCUGUGCCACAACACGCACGGGAGUUACAAAUGCUCCUGCUACGAGGGAUAUAAAAUGGAUCCGCAGGACUCCAGCAAGUGUAAAUUGCAUUGUGGCAAGCAGGAAUGCGUAGCGGAGUGCGAUCCAAACGACAAGUACCAAUGCUAUUGUCCCGAUGGUUAUGUUGCGGAGGAAAGGGAGGACCACACUGUUUGCAUUGACUUGGACGAAUGCGCCAACUAUUUCUGCGAUAAAGGCUGCAAGAACACUUACGGUGGCUUUGUUUGCUUCUGUCCUAAAGGAUUCACCCUAGAGAAGGAGGUCUUUUGCGUCAGAAAUGAGGAUGAAGAUGAAGAUGAGGGGUCGGGGGAUGCUGCAACAAGUCCUUACCCUCCCACGGUAACCCCACAUGAGGUGGCUCCCACCCGCCGGCCUUCAGCGGUGACAACAGGUGGACUGGUGGCCAUAAUAGUGUGCGUUGUCAUUGUGGUUGUGGCGAUGGUCUUUUUCUGCCAGUAUAUUAUGAACCAGAGGGGGAAAGCAGGGGGAGAUGCGACGUCUAAAGCCCCUCAUGGAGAAGAGAGCCACAGUUUACAUGCAUGGGAGUGA